AUGGACCUACAGAUCACUCAGUGGUUGCAUGAAGACCAAUCAGAAGAUGAAGAGGCAUGUGAAGUCGCUGUUCCUGACCUUGAAAAUGAUGUUGACGAAGACGGAAUUAUUGAAGACUUUCGAGCAGAACAUCCAGAUGAUGAUACAGAAAAUUCUUCAUCGGUAGAUGACACUCCUCUGAGUAAUUACAGUUCAGGUAAUUUUCUACGUGUCUUACCUGUCCCUAAUAAUCUGAAGAGCAAGGACGGGUUUAGGUGGACAGGUGAAAAACCAGCAAAGUCUAGAGUCCCACGAAGAAAUAUUUUGUUUCAUCCUCCUGGACCUAAAGCUGCAGCUCGUGAAAUAAAAACAGAGCUGGAAGCAUGGAGUAUUUUUUUUUCUGAUGAAAAGCUUGAAGAAAUUGUAAGAAAUACAAAUGCUGAAAUUGGUAAACAGAGAGAAAAAAUAUAA